AUGUCUCAAAGCUUAGAACUUGUUAACCUUCCUGAAAAAUAUAAAGAGUAUUCAACGCCGACAUUUAAAAAUUCAAAUAAUUGGGAUCUUACACAAGCUUCUAUCAAUUCUAUCAAUUCACCUAUUAGUCCUUCAGGUUCAGCAAUGGAUAUUGAUACUCUUAAUGUUGGUAAAAUUGUUGAAAUCGUGUCUUCAAAGAAAUAUAUUGAUGACAACGACGAGCAAUUAGAUAUAUCACAGGUUCCAAAUAAUCAUUUACCUACUAGUCCUUCACUCACUAGUACUUCAGGUUCAAUGGAGAUUGAUAAUCUUAAUGUUGAGGUAUCACCAACCACUAAUAUUGGUAAACCCAUCGAAAUUAUGUCUUCAGAGAAUGAUGACAAUGAAGAGCGAAUAG